AUGAUGGGAAAAAAUAUUUACGUUGAUGGAGCAUCAAGAGGAAAUCAUCAUAGAGGAGGAUUUAGACCAUCAGGUUUUGGAGUGUUUUUUGGUGAUAGAGAUCGUAGAAAUGCAUCAUAUGGAUUACAUGAAGUUGAAUCAGACUUAGAUGAAAACCCACCAACAAAUCAAAGAGCUGAAUUAUAUGCAAUUAGACAUGCAUUAGAUUAUAUUUUAACCAAUGCACAAAAUUGGCCAUGA